AUGCAAAAAAAUCCAAGGAUGAUUUUUGUGGGAAAUUUGCCGGACGGAGCUGACUAUAAUGCUUUAAACGAAGCAUUUAUUCCUUUUGGCGAGAUAAAAAAUAUUGACAUCCCAGCUGAUCCUAUAACAAAAGCAUCAAGAGGUUUCGCAUUUAUUGAAUAUGAAGAAGAGGAAGAUGCAGAUCAUGCGAUUUUUAACAAACACAACUCUCUGAUGGGAGAAAACAGUUUAGUAGUCGAGCAUGCUAGACCUAUGAGAUCAAAAGAGUUCCUUAACAAGCCAAUUUGGGCAGAUAGCGACUAUCAUGAAAAAUACGCUACAGCACCAGAUUCUCAAUAA